AUGCACCCAAGUGGGAAGUACCAAUAUAGCAUCGAGGGGGGGCGGUGGGCUCUGAUUGACUUGCAAAUCCCCCUGUUCGGCUCGUUGCGAGCGGCGGGUAUGCGGUUAGGACGGACCUCCGAGACUCUUGGACAUUCCUUUCCCUUUAAAGCCUCUUUAUACUGUUAUCCUCUGGACAUUGGUCAAUAUCACUCGCUGAAAGGGGGAAACAUGGCGCAAGGUACGGUAGGCGGCGACUCGCACGGGGGUAGCAAUGGUUAUGCGGCCGCUCAGGAGGCCAGGUUCGCAGCCAGGAGGCUCGUCAACUUUGAGGUGGCCACCAUAUACGCCACGUUCCUGGCGUCACUCAUCGGCAUCUUCAUCAUCACGCAUCUUGCCGGCCGUUUGAUCACAAAAGUCCAGCGAUCAAAGUCGACGCCGUUGUUUCCUCGAUUCAUCUCCCGGCCCUUUACCGUCAUCUCUAGGAAUGUUGCUCUUCGGAAGAUACCUCUCUUCUACUCGGGCGGCCAUGGGCUGCUGGUCACCGUCUACUUGGCUAUGAAUGUGGCCAUGUGCAUCAUCAAGGUCGACUUUAGCAGCUAUGGCAAUGUCGCCGCCAGGCUAGGAUGGCUGACGACGUGCAAUCUUGCUCUCGUGGUAUUCCUCGCUCUCAAAAACACGCCGCUGGCGUUCCUGACGGCCUACUCGCACGAAAGGCUCAACAACCUCCACCAGCUGGCCGGCUGCGUCACCUUUUUGAUGAUGGCCCUCCACUCCAUCCUGUACACGAUGGUUUUUGCCCAGUCCAACAGGUACGAGAAGCUUCGGGAGCACGAGCAGAUCGCGGGUAUCGUGGCUAGCUUUGCCUUUUUGGUUCUUGUUGGUACCGCCAUUACUAUGCGGCGAUUCUGCUACGAGCUCUUCUACGCAACGCACAUAAUCUCAUUCAUGGUCGUCAUGGUGGCAUUUUCGCUGCACCGGCACGAGUUCAAGGAUGUGAUACUCUACAUCAUCCUGGCCAUCGCCGGCGCGUGGGCGACGGACCGUCUGAUCCGGAUGGGGCGCAUGCUCGCCAACAGCGUCAACCAGUCGGCGACGGUGCACCCGCUCCCCGACGGCGGCACGCGCAUCGUGCUCUCCAAGCGGCCGCUGGGCAGCCAGGCCGGCAAGCACUGCUUCCUGUGGAUCCCGGGCGUCCGCGCCCUCGAGGCUCACCCUUUUACCAUGAUCAGCUCGGACCCCGUCGAGUUCGUCGCAAAGUCGUACGACGGCUUCACGCGCGACCUGCACACGUACGCCGUCGCCAACCCCGGAGCCAGGCUGUGGGCUUCGGUCGACGGGCCCUACGGCACCUUUUCCGACCCCAUGCAGUUUGACAAGAUUGUUCUCAUCGCCGGCGGGAGCGGUGCGUCCUUCGUCUUUGGCCUCGCUACGAAUCUGCUCGAGCGCAUGGGCCCCGAUUCGACGAGGAGUAUCGAGCUCAUCUGGGCUGUUAGGACGCAUGAGAACCUCCUGUGGUAUGCAGACCACCUGAGAACGCUCAACGAUCACGUCAACUCGCCAAAAUGCAAGGUCUCUCUCUACGUUUCCCGCAUGCCCUCAUCUGCAAGCUCAUCGCACAUUGAUUUCUCAACCCGCCCACAACUCGGAUCCGACGGCGAAAAGAUGGACGCAGAACCCCGCUCCCCAGAUCUAGAAAAGGUUCUGGAGGGUGAGAAGCCAACAGCAAAACAGAGCGCCGACGACGAAAAGAAGGACAAGAAGGACAACAUUCAAGAAUUCCAAUCCGCGGCGCGAAGCGACAUGGAGACGUCAGACGAGGACAUGAACAGCAGCCAUGACAACACCGUCAUCCUCCUCCAACAACAACAACAACAACAACAACCACAGCAGCAGCAGCAAUCCACCACCGCCACAACACAACAACGGCAGAGCCGGCGACAGAACGGCAGCUACGACGCCGAGGCACACUCGUGCACCUCGUCUGCGUCGUCGACGACAACCAUCCGCCACACCGUCACUCCGGGUCGGCCGCCCGCAGAGGUCCUGAUCCGCAGCGCCGUCGAGGCCACGCCCGCGGACCAGCGCGUGCUCGUCGUCGCGUGCGGGCCAGACUCGCUCAUGCGCGCCGCCAGAGACACUGCUGCCAGCUGCAUCAGGCCAGAUGGGCCUGGGGUGGAACUACACUGUGAGCAGUUUGGGUGGUGA